AUGCGUUCGAACUCUGCCUUGGAAAUCUUCAAACGGUCCGAAGCAAAACGACGUGGUAGGCAAGAUUUGGGAGGUCCUGUGGUGAGGUACCUGACUAAUUUACCUUUGACAAUUUAAUCCCAUUUUCUUUGACCGCAUUGCUUGUUUGAAUGUGACGAGAAACCGCACACCUGUACAACCCGCCUUGCUAGCGUGCUCUGCUGUGGUAUUCUGUUGUCAGUUUUCUUAACGUUCAAAAAUCUCUAUAUUAUUCACUGCUCCGAUUUACUUGCUGCCUUUGAGGCUAGGGGCUCGUGAGAUAUAACUGGUUAGUUCGUGAGAACAUUACUACUUACGACAUUGGUGACUCCCGACGUUAACGCAGACUUUAUACCUUUCUGUCAUACUGAUUAACAUUUAACGUACUAUUUGUUUGUGAAUAUCUAUUCCAUAUACAUUUGCUUUCCUCACGAAUUCUGAUAUUUUGCCAUCUGUGUCUCACUCCAAUCAACAACUUGAUGCCCCCGCCCAGUCCCUUCAUGCAAUCAAUUUUACCUUGCCUGAAUUCUGGCAACACGCUCCAGUACUUUACUUCAUCCGCAUAGAAUCAGCCUUUUAUUCAGCCAACGUAACCAAGGAGCUAGCAAAAUACUACAAACUCGUGGAGGUCCUCCCCGAUAGGGUCAACUCUCAAGUUCACUCCUUGCUAGCUAAUCCUCCUACAGAUGCUCAUUACUCCACGUUAAAGGCGGAAAUCCUCCGACUUAAUUCUGUGUCUGACCGACAGAGGUAUCACCAGUUAGUUAAGGCGGAGUCACUGGGUGACCGGAAACCUUCAGAGCUCCUACGUCGAAUGCGAUCUCUCCUUGGAGACAUGCAAGUUGACGAUAAAUUUGUCAAAGAGAUGUUCCUAGAGCGUCUGCCCGCAGAUGUUCAAACGAUCCUGGUGUCUGGCUCUCAAGACCUUACGGUCUCACAGCUGGCUGAGAUGGCGGAUCGAAUGAUAGAGGUGCAGCGAUUCCAGUCACCUUCCGUUGCCCAGAUCUCCUCAUCUUCAUCGUCAGUGAAUGAAAAUCUAGUGAAACAGGUGUCGGCCAUGGCGGAUGAGAUGGCCUCCCUUAAAAUACAGCUCGCCCGCCUAACAUCCAGUCGCUCAAGCAGCCGUCGUCGUUCUCGUUCACGACCUCGGACUGCUGAUACUUGCUGGUACCACACUAAUUUCGGCGUAAGGGCCCGUCGCUGUUCCUCACCUUGCUCUUUUAAGCCGAAACAGGGAAACCAGUCAGCCAGAGAAUAGAUGCGACCGUUUUCUCUGGCUCUUCCGGCUCUGGUCGCACCUUCUAUGUUUGCGACACUGCGACUCGCAGACGUUUUCUGGUGGACACUGGAGCCCAAAUCAGUGUUGUUCCCCCAACUGCAGCUGAUCGUCGUUUCCCUAGCCCUGGUCUUUACCUCCAAGCUGCUAACUGUUCCCCCAUUCCCACUUUUGGCAGUCUGUCCCUCACCCUGAACAUUGGCCUUCGCCGGUCAUUCACCUGGAUCUUUGUGAUUGCUGAUGUCCCUCAUGCAAUCCUCGGCUCGGACUUUCUUGCCGAGUUCGAUCUCCUUGUUGACUGUCGACGUGCCCGUCUCCUCGACCGCGCAACCGGGCUGUUUGUUCGUGAAAUAACUCCCUUUAUUGCCCCCACCAACUUAUCUGUCUUGGACACGGAUAUUGCUAGUCCUUUUCGGCAACUGCUGCUUAGUCACCCCAACAUAAUUAACCCCCAGUUUCGCAGUGGUGAGGUUCAACAUGAUGUUGUGCACCAUAUCCGCACCUCAGGUCCUCCCGUGUUUGCUCGACCGGGACGACUAGCACCGGAGCGUUUUCAGGCCGCGAAGGCGGAGUUUGAGCACAUGCUGCAACUGGGAGUAAUUCGACCGUCCGAGAGCCCUUGGGCGUCCCCACUGCACAUGGUACCCAAGGUGACAUCAGGCGACUGGCGACCCUGUGGCGACUAUCGUGCCCUCAAUAGCGCUACCAUUACUGAUCGGUACCUCGUGCCUCAUCUUCAGGACUUUGCUGGAGCUCUUUUCGGCAAAGCGGUUUUCUCGAAGAUUGAUCUGGUGCGUGCCUUUCAUCAGAUUCCAGUCGCCCCUGAGGACAUCCCUAAAACCGCCGUCACCACAGCCUUUGGUCUCUUUGAGUUCGUCCGCAUGCCGUUCGGUCUACGUAAUGCCGCCCAAACGUUCCAGAGGUUCAUCGACCAUGUCUUAAGUGGACUACCCUUUGUGUACGCCUACAUUGAUGACGUCUUGGUGGCCAGCCGGAAUAAAGAACACAAAGAGCAUCUUGCCUUGGUGUUUGACCGUCUUGACAAGUUUGGUGUUGUCAUCAACCCCUCGAAGUGCGUGUUGGGUGUGCCUUCGCUCGAGUUCCUUGGUCAUCAGGUUGACCCUGAAGGUUUGCGUCCCCUCCCCUCCAAGGUUGAAGUUGUUCGUAAUUUUCCUCCUCCAACUUCCAAGCGUCAGUUACAGCGAUUCCUCGGCAUGCUCAAUUUUUACCGUCGGUUCCUACCGAACUGUGCUGACCUCAUGUUGCCGCUCACCAACAUGCUUUCUGGUCCCAAAGGUCCCCUCGAGCUGACUGGUGAAGCACUGACUGCUUUUGAGAGAAUCAAGAAUUCCCUUGCCGAUGCCAACUUACUCACACAUCCCGCUCCCGAAGCUCAGCUGUCCCUGAUGGUAGAUGCUUCGACCGUAACCGUAGGUGCGAUCCUUUUACAACACCUUACUGGUUCGACUCAACCACUUGCCUUUAUCUCCAAAAAGCUCUUACCAGCUGAGACACGCUACAGUACCUUUGGCCGUGAACUACUUGCCAUUUACCUAACUGUGAAGCAUUUCCGGCAUUUUCUUGAAGGUCGUGACUUCACUAUUUUCACUGACCACAAACCGUUGACUUUUGCACUUCGUUCUCACUCCGACAAGUACAAUCCGAGGGAAAUCGCCCACCUGGACUACAUCGCCCAAUUCACCACCGACAUCCGCCACAUUGAUGGCACUAAGAAUGAGGUGGCUGAUAUGUUGUCCAGACCCUCACUGUCUUCCCUUCAACUCUCACACGAGAUCGAUCUUUGUGCCAUGGCGUCUGACCAACAGCGAGUCGGUUGUCCUGGUGACGAGUCUGUUAGUGGUCUCCUACUCAAAGACGUUCCUCUGACCACCGGCUCUGGUACCAUACUUUGUGACGUCUCAACUCCCUUUCAUCGCCCUUUCGCGCCCGCCUGGAUGUGUCAAGCUGUAUUUCAAACUUGUAUGGACUCUCCCACCCUGGGAUCCGAGUCUCUCAAAAGCUCCUCGCGGAAAGGUUUGUCUGGCCUGGCAUAAACAAGGACGUCAAGGCUUGGGCCCGGUCGUGUCUGAGCUGCCAGCGCAACAAGGUGCAGCGUCACAACAAGUCCCCACCUGGCACUUUCCCCAGUCCCGACGCGCGGUUCAGCCAUGUGCACCUGGAUGUCGUAGGCCCCUUCCCUCCAUCCAAUGGUUUCACCCACCUUCUUACCUGUGUCGAUCGAUAUACCCGCUGGGCUGAAGCUAUUCCUUUGCCGAAUGUGCAGGCUGAAACCAUCGUGAAGGCCUUCGUCAGUCGUUGGGUCGCCAUGUUCGGUGCCCCAUCCACGGUUACGACAGAUCGUGGUGUCCAGUUUGAGUCGGCACUCUUCCAAACGCUACUCAGUUUCCUUGGCUGCACACGCAUUCGGACGACAGCCUACCACCCAGCUGCCAACGGUAUGGUGGAACGUUUCCAUCGUCAGCUAAAGACCGCCCUGCGUGCCGUAGAAGACCCAGGAAACUGGUCGGACAACCUUCCUCUUGCACUCCUCGGUAUCCGCGCAGCUCUGAAGUCGGAUCUAGGCUGUAGCGCAGCUGAAUUGGUUUUCGGCACUACCCUCGGACUGCCAGGCGAGAUGAUCACUCCAACCUCUCGUGGGGCCGACGAGACUCCUGACAAUCUUGUGCACCGUUUGCAGCAAUUUAUGCGCUCGCUUUCCCCGGUUCCACCUCGAGCUCCAAUGACUGAAUCUUAUGUCGAAAAAGACUUGGGCAACUGUACGCACGUGUUCGUCCGGUGUGACCGUGUGCGCCAGCCGCUGGAAUCACCAUACGAAGGACCGUUCCGCGUGCUCGCGCGCAACGUCCAGACCUUCCCAAUUCUUCCCAGUGACAAGGAGGACGUGGUCAGUGCCGAUCGGGUCAAGGCUGCUGUUGCAGAGGAGACGCCGGACCGGUCACUAGGACAAGAAUGUGCUGACCCCAUAACCCCUGUUCCUCCAUCUUCCCUAUCCCCUGCUUAUUCACCCUGCCCACUGCCUCGCCCUUCCCCUCCCUUGCCCUCCACCCCUCCGUCCCGCAUACUUCCUCUCCCUACUUGUCUACAGCAUCCAAAUGCAACAUCAUCCUCCACCAUAGCACGCAGUCAACCCCUUUUCCACUGCACCUCCUGCUUACAUCACCCGCAGUGGCCGUCACGUUCAUUUUCCCGAUCGUUUAGUUACGCAUUGUUUCUAGACUUAUGCAUAUCCUCCGACGCCGUAUUACGUCGCCCUCCGGUCUAG